AUGGACGAAGAAAUGUUCACCUUCUUCCCUCAUGGAAUUCGGGCCUUGAUUGUUGAUGAUGAUCAGAAGUUUCUCAAAUCAGCUAAAAUGAUGCUCGACUUAUUGCACUUCAAAGUGGCUACAUGCGGGAGCCCAAGUUCAGCAUUGCGACUUCUCUCCGAUGACGGCGGUCUAAAAGAUGUGGACGUCGUCCUCGCUGAUGCUCACAAGGUAGUAGCAAGCGGCUUUGACCUGCGCGCCAUCGUCGAGCCAGAUCUCGGCAUCCCGGUCAUCUACCGACACCCAACUCACAUGGAAGGAGAUGACUCGAGCGCUCUUUUCCAAAUUGUGCAAUCAACAACUUACAUCAUCAAGAAGCCGCUUGAUGCAAGUGAGUUGACUGGCCUGUGGAGGGUCGUGGCCUACCGCAAAUGUGUGCUUGAUGCAAGGGGGGUGAACGCUCGUGCAUCUUCCUCGGCUGGACGCCAAGAUGACAGCCAACCGUCGUCACUUCCGGCGGGGGCUCCCCCCACCGACGACGACGGCGAGGAGGAGGCGGCGCGUGUCCACUACAAAGUGGUCACGGUUGGAAGCCGGAAGAAAAAAUAG